UACAUGCAGUAAGAAUGUUAUUACAAGGUGACAGAGUUUUGAUUGUUUCAGUGACGCAGUGAAGUUAACUCGUGUCGCACUGACCAUUCGACUUUAGUUGCCCUCUGGUGAAACAGCCAAACAUUUUCAGCAAUGUGGAUCAAACAGUUGGUCUCUGGAAUUGUCCUUUUCCGCCUUCUCCUCUUGGCAGUUGUCGAACGCCCGGACCGGCAGUGGGUGGUGUUUGCAGACGACACUGAUUUCAACAAGACUUUCCAUCAGUUAGAGGUCCGUCUCACCGGGGGCCGCUACCCGAACGAGGGCCUCUUGGAGCUCCGCUGGCCACCCGCUCAGCCGGACUGGGGGACCUACUGCACGGACAUCGAGGAGCCGUUCAAGGUGGGCCAUGUGGCAUGCCUGGCACUCGGCUAUCAGGCCGCUUACUCGGUGCGGGCCACGGCACCUUUCGCUCUGAACACCGGCCCGAUAUGGUUUCGGGGCAUACACUGCGGUAAGGAGGUGCUACAAGACCAUGGAAGGUUGGAGGACUGCACUCUGCAACCCUGGCACCUGGGCAAUGCUUCAUGCGACCACAGUUGGGACGUGGGUUUGGUAUGCUACACAGGCGAUGUCCGACUCGCGGAUGGCAACUCGACUAACGAGGGUCGAAUCGAGCUCCACAUCGGCGGCGACCAAUGGUUGUCUCUGUACGGCGCUUCGUCGUCGUCAGACACAAUAAUGUCCGAUGUGGCGUGCCGGUACCUGGGGUACCCCUUUGCCGUCGGUUCGUCCUCCGAGCAAGUCGACCGGGAGAGCGUGCUGUGUGGGCACGGCUUCUGCUGGGGAUCGGAGGGCUCACCGGUCGAUUGUCAGUACGACAGCAAGGCCGUGCCAUGUGCGGACCUAGACUUCAUCGAAAACCCUACGUCUAUACGAGCUUUGUGCGCCCUCGAAUCUGACGUGGUCCCGAACGAGGACGUGCUUGAGUUCCGACUGGUGGGCAGUGCCGACAAUCACUCUGGUCUGGUACAGGUCCGGGACACAACGCUGGCGGACGACGGCUGGCGCAUGCUUUGCAAUGAGAAUCUUUUUUUUUUCAUCGUGGACGAGCCUGUUGCGAGACUCGGAGACCUCAUUUGUAAACAGCUAGGGUUUCCGUGGUCAUAUGACACCGAGUCGGUCGCCCUGGCGGACGUACGGGUCCUCUAUCGAGCUCACUGGAAUGACACCAGGGGUGCAGAGCUGCUGCGACGCCGCGUCAUCAAGGAGGAUGUUGAUGGUUCCAGGCCAGAAACUGAAGACCUUUUCAGUUGGAAAUGGGUGCGGACGGAAAAUGUAUGUGAACAGCACGGCUAUCCGGGUCUGCGAGUGACGUGCGCAACAGGUGUGGAACUUUAUGGCGAACGAGUUUACCCUUGCCCUCAGCAGACAUGCAACCAGCGUUGCGGGACCACAGAAGUAGCUGGUUUGUGUGGAUGUGAUUCCGCAUGCACGCUUUGCAACGACUGUUGUCCCGAUUACACUUCGAUAUGCGCUCCAGAUGGCGCACUGCCUUAUCCGCCCAAUUUCCCCUUGGCCUGUCGGGUCUCGUCUGCCAACCAACGCGAAUAUAUAAUCCAGAGGUGCGGGUGGGAUUGGGCUGACGAUGACGUCAGGAACAGAUGUGAAGGGGAUUCCCCCGUCGACCUGGUGUACCAUGUACCGGAUGUAUCAUCCCAUCCACCUCUUUUCAGAAACAGGGAAUGUGCCCAGUGCCACUACAUCAACACAACAUCAGCUAACAUGGUUGACUACGAGACAUACAAGAACACGACGGUACCUCCUUACUGGACUCCGCCACUGAUAGGUGCUUGCCCGAGUGGCUAUAAUGGAUCAACUGAGCUUUGGGAGGGUUGCGCUGGUUAUUCCGCGAGCCUCACCAUCAACGGAUCUUGGUACAAGAAUCCCCACUGCGCCCUUUGUAACGGAGAAGACCUCACGAGUCUCGACUACUGCUACCGAGAGUACGGGAUUGUCGCUCCUGCAAGUCUUGAGAUUAUCUUAGGCCGGGAUUCAGACGCUUGGUUUCCUUCUCCGUCGCUAGAAAUUCACCUUGGGGACUCAGUUUGUUGCCUGCGUAAAGAAUACCACCUGACCAUUGUACCGAAACCCUCUCAAUCUAAUCUCGCGAUCGAUCCGAAAGACAGUCUCCCCACGAGAACGUACGAGGCCGCUAGUUGUUUGAUACGAGGGAUGGCUUGGCAAAGCGUCCCACUGACACUGCCUUUCAUAUCAGAGUUGCUCGCCGUGGACGCAGAAGAAUUCCCAACAGGAGACGGCACCCUGCGCUCAACAUCCCUUGGUAAUUUCUCAGACACAAAAGCGCUCCUUCACGGCUUGUUAACUGUAGAAGAAACGUCGGACGAGUCGGUCCAGGACACGUGGGUUGAUAAAUGCAACUUGGAGGUGGUCGAACUGGCAGAGGUUUGCACUAUUGCAAAUGUUACCAAUGUGAGAACAUGUCACCACCAGUGGUUUAGUACCAAAGACGCAGAAUUUGUAAGCAACAUUUCAAUCAGCAACGUUUCGGUUCUGUAUUUGGGAAAUGGUGUCAUUGUUGAACCCUACUAUCUUUCCCACGUGCACGUGUACCGGAACACCGAUACUGGCAGGUUCUUCAAUGAAACAGAAGUGAGGGUUUGUGGUCGGGAACUGGAACAACUGACUUGUCGCUUCCCUCCGGUGAAUGAUACAUUGGUUAUUGUGCGAGAUGGAACCGUGUAUCUCUCAUACGCAGGUCGAGAGUUCCUCGAAGGGGAGUUCGUGUCCUUGCCCGAUGGGCUCAUUCUCAUUUGCUCGGAUGUGUUCAAAGAAGACGGCCCGUACAUCAAUCUAUCAGAGCCCCUCACUUUGGUCAACUUCCUGGGUUUCGUAAUUUCUAUGGCAGCUCUCGUGGCCACUUUUGCUACCUACUUGACGUUCUCGGAGCUGAGGAACGUUCCCGGUGCAGCCAUCAUGAGUCUCUGCGCUGCCUUGUUCGUCGCUCAGCUCCUGUCCGUGACAGCCCUUGGUUCUACUCUAAACAGCUCGGUCUGCGUGACCAUUGCUGUUGUCUUGCAUUACCUCUGGCUGUCCACUUUUACCUGGCAGACGGUGCUAGCCUGGGACCUCAAGAAAACCUUCGCGUCCAAUCGUCCCUCCUUGGGAGCCUCCAAGAUGAAGCGCUUCUUCCUUUACUCUGUCUACGGUUGGAGUGCCCCUGUCUUGGUCGUCGGUGUUUUCUUUGCCUACCAUCUGUGUGGUGACUGUAUGGGUCUGGGGUACCGAUACGGCAGCGACAAAGCCUGCUGGAUUAUUGGUCGGUUUGCGGUGCUGCUAGCCUUUGGGGUCCCGAUGAUGUCUUCCGUGAUCCUGAAUGGAGUACUCUUCGCAACUACUGUUUGGGGUGUUCAUAAGACCCUGAAGGCAGCCUCCAUGGUACAUCAAGACAGAUCUAAAUCUCAGAGGGCUUCCACCGAGUUAGUAAUUUAUCUGAAGAUUUCUUGCGUGAUGGGCUUUACUUGGAUCUUCGGAUGCCUCGCCCAAGUCACGUCAUACCGCCCUCUGUGGUUCCUUUUCGCCAUCACCAACUCAGCACAGGGCGUCAUCAUUUUCGUAGUGUAUGCGUGCAAUGCUCGCGUGAGGGCAAUGUGGAGGCAACGACUGCGCAGGACAGAGGCCAAGAAAUCUGACUCGGCUGCUCGAACAACUAAGGCGAGCACUCCGGUCACAAAAGGUCACUCCGGAAACAAGAGGGGGCUGUGACGUCAACAGUGUUUAGUGAAGGGCAAAACCUAAUAUUAAUUUGCAUUACCCCGACGAAAUUCAUCUGAUGAAUAGUUUAAUCGCGGUACCCGCUGUACAUUGUACAUCAGAUUCGAUCCAGCCAACCGAUCCUGCAAGCUCGAUGGU